AUGCAGCCUCCUCUAUGGCUAAAUCAACGAAUAUGGCUGAAUUUGAUAUUUGCCAUCCUUUCGCUUGGAAUCGUCGCCAGCCCGUUAGGCAACACUACCUCAGUUCUCCCACACGAUAAGCCUAAUGUGCCGGCUCUACCACUACCUCCGGUUCCAGCACCCAUUGGGAAGAACCAGAGCAAUGUAGUCCCUACGGUUGUCCAGCCUUCGGUCCCUCCUCACAAAUCAAAAGCUUCAGCGUUUCCGUUGCCGUCAGUGGUUCCCUAUCCUCCUUCUGUGCCACCGCCUGUGGCCCCUGCACCACUUCCGAAAAAUGCAACUUUGCCGAAACCAGCACCUCCGCCGGUCGUCCCUGCACCAUUCCCACUCCCGUCGGUCGUUGAGAACGCCCCUUCGGUUAAACCACAGUUUCCGCCCGGGAUAUCCGUACCAGGGAGCAGGAAAAUCUCACAGACACCCCCAUCCCAUCUCUCAACAAAGGUACCGAUACCAUCUGUUAUUGAGAACACAGGGUCAGCGAAAAAGCCAAUCCCUACAGUUGCACCUGUUCCAGGAGGUGGGAGCAGCAUGCCAAGUUCUCCAACAAAUAGCCCAAAUCGUCCAACUCAGGGACCUCCAUCAUCCGCUAUUCAAGGCAUCUCUUCGAAAGGACGGGACCCCAGUGUGACCCUUGUUCCAGGGCGUGAGACAACUGUAUCAAAGUCGCCAUUGAACCACCCAACAAAGGUACCAAUACCAUCUGUUAUUGAGAACACAGGGUCAGCUAGAAAGCCGCUCCCAACGGUUGCACCUGUACCAGGAGGGAGCAGCAUGCCAAAGUCUCCCACAAAUCGUCCAGCGGAGGGGCUCCCAUCAUCCACAGCUGAAGGCUCCUCCUCAAAGGCUCGGGUUCCCAGUGUGGCCCCUGUUCCAGGGCGUGAGACGACCAUAUCAAAAUCGCCAUCGAACCAGCCAACAAAGGGACCAAUACCAUCUGUUAUUGAGAACACAGUCUCAACCAGAAAGCCAGCCCCGAGUGUUGCACCUGUACCAGGAGGGAGCAGCAUGCCAAAGUCUCCUACACACCGUCCAGCAGAGGGAUCUCCAUCAUCCGUUAUUGACGGCCCCUCUUCAAAGGCACGGGCUUCCAGCGUGGUCCCCGCUCCGGGGCAUGAGACUACCACCCCAAAACCAGCCCCGACAGCGAAAUCAUCUACCGUUAGAGGAAUCCCUUCAGCUACUACACAGACUCCGACCGUGGUCCCCGUUCCCAAGGGCAGCAAUUCAAAAUCCUCCACAGAUCAUAACCCGCCGACAAAAGUGAUGCAGUCAUCGGUUGUUAGUAGUGUUACUUCUAUUGUCAACGGUACUCCAAGUGUUAUACCGGUGAUCAUCCCAGUACCCUUGCCGUCGAUGUCAACGCCUAAACCAUCGGGAACUCCUUCUCCAUCGAAAAAAGGACACGAUGAUAAGAAGGAGGAUGAGAAGAAGAAGGAGGAUGAGAAGAAGAAGGAGGAUGAGAAGAAGAAGGAGGAUGAGAAGAAGAAGGAGGACGAGAAGAAGGAGGAGGAUGAGAAGAAGAAGGAGGAUGAGAAGAAGAAGGAUGGCGGCGGUAUCAAACCGCCUAAAAUUGAACCGCCAGACAUCGAUCCUCCUACUAUAUUUCCUCCACCAAAAAUCGAUCCUCCGAAGAUUAAUCCUCCCAAGCCUCCCAAGAUCAGUCCUCCGAAAAUCAAUCCUCCCAAACCUCCCAAGAUCAGUCCUCCCAAGCCUCCGAAGGUUAAUCCUCCGAAUAUCUUUCCCCCAAUAAUCCCGCCUCCUGGAGACAAAAAGAGCGAGGAUAAAAAGCCUACUCGUUCCAAAACCCCGUCCGUGACAACCAGGAUGUCGUCUACGAGGUCGACAAUUACUACUUCACACGCAACCACCACCGUUACCACUACUGAACAGACUACGACGUCAGAAACCUCGUCAGAAAGUUCCGCAAUGGUUUGCGCAACUCCCGCACCUAGUAAGCCUCAAGGCGCCAGCUGCAAGCGUCGAAUCCAAGCACCAAAAUGUGUUCCACAAUGUUCCGAAUGCAUGUCAACUAAGAUUCCACCUCCUCCUGGCAUCUCUCGGCGCGACCUUGAGAAAUUUGGAAAUUUCUCUGCCUUGCAAGACGACUACACCGAGUUUGGAGAGUUGGAGAGACGACGGCUGCCCACACCCGCUGAUUACCAAAACAAUCUGAACGUAUUCUUUUUCCGGGAGUUGUCCUCAGCUAUAAAAGUUGAAAAGGGCUUUUGGAUACUCCGUGGUGCCGCCCAAGCACGAAGCCAACCCUCCGGUGUGCAAAAAGAAUUGGGCCGAGAGAAAUUCAAUGCAGGCAUAGUUAACCUUCGAGGUUGCACCUCCGUUCUGGUGGCUUCAUCGAGGGGUAUUUGGUGGGCCCAUUUUUGGGAAACCCCGGGUUUUAGGAUGCAAACAAUCAUGUCCGGUUACCAAUUCAGGGAAGAAAUCUUCAAGGUGGAAGUCCUUGAUGUCUUCGACAAAGGCUGCGACUAUCAUCAUUCGGACGGCAGACAUAGAUUCUCGGGACUCAAAUGCCAUGUUGGUGGAACGCAACAAGAACCGAAGUGGUUUGACCGGGCCUCGACUCCGGUUGCCUUUAUCAUGACCCCACAGGAUCACGAGGACCCGAACAAGCUGCUUUAUGAACCGGAAGUCAAGCGUAUAAGUGAUAAACUUCGAGAGGUACUGGGCGAUAUUCCAAUUACUACGAUCAAGCACAAAGCCCCCGUACUCGGAGACGCGCCCUCGUUCCAGCUUCCCCCUGGGGCAUAUUUACCAUAUGGAAAGGCUCUUUUUCAAUACGACCCGCAACACGAGCUAAGAACUUGCGAAUACUGGGCGGCCAGUAGAUUGUAUGCCGAGGAAAAUCCUCUUCCCGUGCAUCGUGUCUCGUGGCCGGCACUUGACUCGCAAAUAGGAAACCAACCUCAAAAUCAAAAGAGGGCUCUUCCGAAACUACCUGCAUCCUGCUCGAUUUCGCUGCGGCCUAAACCGACAACAUUAUCAAAAUCCGAGAGCGGCAAAUCGACAAAGACUAGGUCCAUGAGUGGAAAGGCAACUGGCAAGACAGAGACGCGGCCCGCGACAACGACGAAGAAAACGGAAGAACCAUCAAAAUCCAAGGACGAAAAAUCGAAGAAGGUGGCUUCAACAGAGUCAACGGCUAAUAGCGUGAAACCAACGGGCAAAACAAGCACGCCAGCCGUGACAAGGACAAAGUCUGCCAAACCAACCGGAUUAACAUCAACGAAGAAGGGAUUGUCGGUAACCACCAAGGAAAGCAGCAAACCCACGGUGACAACGAGCAAGCCUCCAACUACUUCCCACGCCAACAUAGUCACACUUACAACCGUUGUCUGGGUAAGACCAACCGUAAGUAAGCCCCAAACCACCUUCAAACCGCCGGCUCCAUUUGAGCCAGGGCGGAGCCCAGAAGCCAGGUGUAAGGUUAUCUUUCCGAAAAAUGUGUACCUGCUCGAAGGUAUUAGAAACUGGGGUACCAAAGACGGCAAAAAGCUUCACGACGCACUUGUGAAGGCGUGCGGGCUGGAGUCUUACGGGUGGAAACGGACGAAAGACACCUAUGCAGUGAAGUUGCGCGUUGAUCCUGAUAAGGCUCCAGCAUGCGUGAACGAGGCAAUUGCUGAAGCGGGCGGCCCGAAGUCCCUCUGCCCCAAAUAG